AUGGAAUCGCACCCCCAGUUGACAGCUACGCAAAGUCUUGGCGACCAGGUCAAAACUCAGGAACAACGACCAAGGGGGUCCGGUAUCCAGCCUAGGCACCUUACUCUACAUAACGCCCUUGUCCUGUCUGCUGCACCUUCAAAAAACCUCAUCUCACCUCACCACCGCCAACACCUCCCCUCAUCCUCACCACUAAACAUACAAACACGCCCAAACACCUCCACAAUGUCACAACAAUACCCGCGCUCUCCCUACCCUCACGCUUCGCCCCGCCAUUCUCCCGCCAACCGCAACCCUAGACGCUGGAACGCCCGCGCCCCAACAAUAGACCUCACCGCUUCGCCGCCGAGCCACUCCGACGAGCAGCCAGCCGCGAAGCGCCGGCGUGUCAUCGAGAGUGUGGAUUUGACAGAGCUGGAGGCGGAUGAGGACGUACUUCGUCGUCAGCAGAGGGAGGACCUAUUGAAGACUCAAGAGGCAGCGAGGGAGAGCGAGAAGAGGAAGGUGGCGGGAUUCACGUGCGUCAUCUGUAUGGAGGACGAGCCCACAGAUUUGGCAGUGACGCCUUGUGGCCAUAUGUUCUGCCACAAAUGCCUUCACGGCGCAAUCAAGGCCUCGGCUAUGCCGCCGGUUAAGUCAGCUGGGAGGUGCCCAGUAUGCAGAGGCAAAGUCAGCCUCAAGGACGUGAUACCGAUGGAAUUCAAGAUUCUGUCGAAAAGAGAAGGGAAGCAAAAGGCUGCUGUAUAG